AAAAUUGCUCCAAUGGACUCCAAAUAUUCUUUUUUUCGAGUGCACGAUCGGUCACGUUUAUAUAGGGAAGACAAUCUCUGUACAGAAAAGCAGUCGGCAAAUAAAACUGUAGAUGUUGUGACUUGGGCUAUUACAUUCCUUGUGUACAUUCUUGCUGUAUUCACGUUUCCUCUAUCAUGUUUUUGCUGUGUGAAGGUGAUUCAAGAAUAUGAACGUGCUGUUGUUUUACGACUUGGUCGGCUUCAACCUUUAAAGGAGCCAGGUAUCACAUUCAUAUUACCAUGUAUUGACAAGUUUCAUAGAGUUGAUAUUCGAAUUAAAGCUUUUAAUGUACCACCUCAGAAGAUUCUUACCAAGGACCAAGCGGCAGUACUAGUUGGUGCAACAGUUCAAUUUCUCAUCCAAGACCCAAUAGCUUUAACAGGCAAUGUGCAGGACUUGAAUCAUUCAAUGCGUGUGCUUGCCCAAACAACACUAGUGAACAUUUUGACCACGCAAAAUCUAAUUGAAAUACAGAAUGACAAGAAAUUCACUGCAAUUCGAGCUCAGGAUGAAUUAAAUAAAGUUACUAGAUCAUGGGGAGUACAAAUUCACAGAAUUGAAAUCUCUGAAGCUCAAGUGAUUUCAGCUCCACCAGAAUACAAUCCAGACAUUUCCUCUUUAUUCAAAGCUGACAAUAAUCCAAUUAGCACAAUAUUUCAAGUGAUGCAAGGUGCACUAGGUGGCCUUCCCCCACAAGUUCGGCCUGUGCAGAAACCCGUUGACUCUUCUCUGGACGCUGUCUCACGCACAUCGAACGAGCAAAUACCUUAUUCUCGUUUACCUGACCCCGAUCAACUGAUUGCAAUUUUCAAUCACGUCACUGACGAAAGACUGGUAAGAGACAUUGGCUGUGUCUAUCAAUUCAACUUCAGCGAUCUGGGUUCAACCUGGUAUGUGGAUUUAAAAAAUGAUGAGGGACAUGGUGGAAAGGGUCCACCUUGCGGGUGUACGCCCGACGUGGUAAUCACAUUGUCCUCACAUGAUAUGCGAGCACUUUUUUCUGGUGAGAUAUCUGCAUUUGAUGCCUACAUGCAUGGUCGAGUCAACAUUACAGGAGAUGUGCGCAUGGCAAUGAAAUUACAAGUCGUUGUAGAGCGUAUGAAUCAGUCACGUAGCAGUCACGUGGAACAUAUGAACACACGUACAGGGAUAAAAUCUUCAACUUCACGUAAUUAUGAUUCUACGAACACAAAUGACAUAAUAAUUGUUUGAAUUCUUUUAUAUCAUUCACGCAAUCGAGGAAUGUAAUUUUGCAUUGUCAAUUUGACAGUAUUUGUACCUAUGUAAUCAUCACAAACAAAUAGUAUAAGUUUGUACCGUCAAACGAGAGCUAAAAACUAUAAGAAACCACUUGAUUUCUGCGACAACUAAAUGGUUUUAUAUCAUGUACAUAUUAAAUAGAGUUUUUCGCGAAAGUUGACCUCUAGCUUUGUACAUUCAUUUUUAACUGUCUUUAAAAUUUUGUCAUUAAAAAGAACAUAAAUGUUGAUUUAUCAUUAGGAAA